UAUACGUACAAUGUUUAUCCAGUUCUUUUGAGUGUUGAGAAAAUGCUGAUUUUCCUGUCUAGAACCGCGCCAAACUUGUUCUGUUUCUCUCCAACUAAUCAAAACUGCAGAAAAAAGUUUUCUAGCUCUCAGAAUGGUUUCGUUUGCUUUAAAAAACCAUCUUCAAGACCCAUUUUUGAAUCAUCAAAUUUGCACAGUUCUCUUACCACAAACUCUAACUCUGCUUCACUCACAAAACCCAUUGAUCACAAAACUGUUGAUUACAAUAAUAAAAUCUGUAGGUUUUGUGAGGUGGGUAAUCUUAAAAAAGCCAUGGAAUUACUUUACAGCUCUCAAAAAUCUGAACUUGAAUCAAAAACUUAUUGUUCCAUAUUGCAGCUUUGUGCUGAACUUAAGUCACUAGAAGAUGGUGAAAAGGUUCAUUCAGUUAUUUGUGAUAAUGGCAUUGAAGUUGAUGUUGUUUUGGGUUCAAAACUUGUGUUUAUGUAUGUAAGUUGUGGAGCUUUGAAAGAAGGUAGACGUGUUUUUAAUAAGAUAGUUAAUGGAAAGGUUUUCAUAUGGAAUCUAAUGAUAAAUGAGUAUUCAAAGAUUGGUAAUUUUAAAGAGAGUAUAUAUUUGUUCAAGGAGAUGAUAGGAUUGGGAAUUGAGGUGAAUUCCUAUACAUUUUGUUUUGUUUUGAAGUGUUUUGCUGCUCAAAGAAGUGUAAAAGAAGGUGAAUUGGUUCAUGGGUAUUUGUUGAAAUUGGGUUUUGGAUGCUAUAACACUGUUGUGAAUUCUUUGAUUGCCUUUUAUUUUAAGUGUAGAAGAGUGGAGAGUGCACGCAAGUUGUUUGAUGAAUUGAAUGAUCGAGAUGUUGUUUCAUGGAAUUCUAUGAUAAGUGGUUAUGUAGCUAAUGAUCUUGCUGAGAAGGGACUUGAGGUUUUCAAAGUAAUGUUAUAUUCAGGUUUCAAUGCGGAUUUGGCUACAUUGGUUACUGUCCUUUCAGGUUGUGCGGAUUGUGGUGCUCUUACAUUGGGUCGAACAGUUCAUGCUAUUGGAAUGAAAUCUCGUUUCGAUAAGGAAAUCACCUUUAAGAAUACUUUAUUGGAUAUGUAUUCAAAGUGUGUCGAUUUAGAUGGUGCAGUUCGAGUUUUUGAGAAAAUGGAAGAUAGAAGUGUUGUGUCAUGGACUUCCAUGAUAGCAGGUUAUGCUCGAGAAGGUGUAUCUGAUGGGGCUAUCAGAUUGUUCCGUGAGAUGGAAAGGGCGGGUGUUGAACCAGAUGUAUUUGCUAUAGCAAGCAUUCUUCAUGCCUGUGCUUGUGAGGGUUUAUUGGGGAUUGGCAAGGAUGUGCACAAUUACAUAAAGGAAAAUGAUAUGCAAUCAAGUUUGUAUGUGUCUAAUACCCUCAUGGAUAUGUAUGCCAAAUGUGGAAGCAUGGAAGAUGCACAAUCAGUGUUUUCUGAGAUGCCUGUGAAGGACAUUGUCUCAUGGAAUACAAUGAUUGGUGGUUACUCGAAAAACAGUUUUCCAAAUGAGGCUCUGAAUGUGUUUGUUGAAAUGCUGCAGGAAUUAGAACCUAAUGGUAGAACAAUGGCAUGCGUUCUUCCUGCUUGCGCCAGCCUGUCUGCUUUAGAGAGAGGAAGAGAGAUCCAUGGUUACAUAUUGAGAAAUGGAUAUUCAUCAGAUAGGCAUGUUGCCAAUGCAAUUGUUGACAUGUAUGUUAAGAGUGGGGUAUUAGUCCUUGCGCGAUUGCUCUUUGAUAGGAUUCCUGUCAAGGAUCUCAUCUCAUGGACUGUUAUGAUUGCUGGGUAUGGUAUGCAUGGGUUUGGUAGAGAAGCUAUUGCUACCUUCAAUGAGAUGAGAAAUGCAGGCAUUGAGCCUGAUGAAGUUUCCUUCAUAUCGAUAUUGUAUGCUUGCAGUCAUUCUGGAUUAGUUGAUGAAGGAUGGAGAUUCUUUAAUUUAAUGAGAUAUGAGUUCAAAAUUGAGCCCAAGUUGGAACAUUAUGCCUGUAUGGUGGAUCUUCUUUCCCGGACUGGGAACCUAUCAAAAGCAAAUCGUUUCAUCGAAAUGAUGCCGAUUGUACCAGAUGCCACAGUCUGGGGAGCUUUACUAUGUGGGUGCAGAAUUCAUCAUGAUGUUAAAUUGGCAGAGAAAGUUGCUGAACAUGUUUUUGAGCUGGAGCCAGAGAACACAGGAUAUUAUGUACUUUUAGCAAAUAUCUAUGCCGAAGCUGAAAAAUGGGAAGAAAUGAAAAUAUUACGAGAGAAAAUUGGCCAGCGAGGCUUAAAAAAGAACCCAGGCUGUAGUUGGAUAGAGAUCAAGGGCAAAGUGAAUAUCUUUGUUGCUGGUGGUAGUUCACACCCUCAAGCCAAAAGAAUAGAGUCUCUAUUGAAGAGCUUAAAACAGAAGAUGGAGGAGGAAGGUUACUUUCCUAAAACAAAGUUUGCUUUGAUUAACGCGGAUGAAAUGGAAAAGGAAGUGGCUCUCUGCGGGCAUAGUGAGAAAUUAGCCAUGGCUUUUGGAAUAUUGAGUUUGCCACCAGGCAGAACUAUUCGGGUCACCAAGAAUCUAAGAGUGUGCGGAGACUGUCAUGAAAUGGCUAAGUUUAUGUCCAGAACAGCAAGGAGGGAGAUUGUUUUGAGAGAUUCUAAUCGCUUUCACCAUUUUAAGGACGGGCAUUGUUCUUGCAGAGGUUUCUGGUGAGGCAAAUGGGUUAGGAGUUUUCAUAUAAAGGAGCCCACUAUCUAGAUAAAGUUUCAAGACUCUUGCCUGUUAACAAGUUGGUCCUCAAGAACGAAUCAGUAGAUUGUUGUAAAUUAUGGUUCUUUGACAGUUUAACAUCCCUGGUGAAAAUUCAUAGGUUUUAUCCAUCAAUUGAGCAAGAGAUACUAUUUACAGUCUAUAUAGAGAUGUAAUGCGGCAAUAUAGCCAGGCUUUCCCAAUUGAGGAGAAUUUGUAAAUCAUUG